GUUUACUGUUAGAAUUGGUGUUGUGUACUGAUGGAGGGAACUGCGGACGGAAAUUUACAGAAUACAGUAUCGACGUAAUACACGUAUAAAUAAAACUAAGUAAACCUUUACAGAGGAAUCCAGAAAGUGGCCACAACAACAUCAGGACAUGGUCUCGGAAUCGCCAUGGACUGAUACGGCUCAUUGUUGUCGAAACAGUAACUAAGACGACCGGCGAGAGGACUAAGCAGAAGCCGGAGUAACUGCUUAGGUCUGAUUUCAGGAUGCGCAUGGCUCGGAAACGUAAAUGUAGCUGUCCACAACUGGGGCUUUCCAGCUUGAAAUCCUUGAAGAAGGAGGAAUGUGUAUCUGACCCUCAAGCAGCCUGUAAUGCACCCCUUGGCUCAAAGAUCUGUACACCGGUCGAAGGGAAGUGCCAGGGGCUUGUGUCAGAUACACCUUCAUCAAGAAGACGUUCAGCAAGGUACCAGACCCAGUGCAGUGUGGAGUCACAGCAUUGUUCCAGCCUGACACAGCGCCUUUCUCCUGAGAACGACACUGAUCUUGGUCUGAUCAUCACUCUGGAUGAAGAAUUUUAUAGGGCACAAUGUGAAGGGAAAAGGAAAGGCAUGAAGGUGAAACAAGGAGUGCCCUCUGCAGAGAAAGAAGCCCCUGCAAUGACAGGGGUGGUGCAGGACAUGGAAGGCCAGGAAGUGCCAGAGGAGGACAUCAAUGGGCAGCUAGACAGAGAGCUGGAGAGAAAAUCACGACAGCAUAAUCUAACAUCUGCAAAUGUGCGAAAUAUCCUUCAUGAAGUCAUUACCAAUGAGCAUGUGGUCGCCAUGAUGAAAGCUGCUAUUAGAGAGACGCAGGACAUGCCCAUGUUUGAGCCCAAGAUGACUCGCUCCAAGUUAAAGGAGGUUGUAGAGAAAGGAGCAGUCAUUCCUACCUGGAACAUUUCUCCAAUUAAAAAGCCCAGUGAAGUUAAGCCCCCCCAGUUUGUAGACAUCCAUUUGGAAGAAGAAGACUCUUCUGAUGAAGAGUAUUGCCCUGAUGAAGAUGAGGAGGAUGAGACAGCAGAGGACACGUUUUUAGAAAGUGAUGCGGAAAGCAUAGCUUCCUCCCCUCGGGGCAGCCAGGUGGGGCGAUCCAGGACUCCUGUGAACAGCACAGAGGGAGAGGAGAUCAGGACUAGCAGUCCGAGACAGCUGUUGCGUCAAUCCAGGCACCUGAGGGUGGAGGCUGUUCCUAUGGGUCCACCUCCUGCACCCCAAUCCAACUGUCCUUCGCGACCUGCCAAGGCCCCUCCUGAGUGUACUUUCAUGGAGAAGCUGCAUGCUGUAGAGGAGGAAUUGGCCCUUAGCCCUGUGUGCAUGGAGCCCUACCAGAACCUGAGCAACAGUGGCAGUGGGGAGGAUAGCCUUGUGGCCUGUCGGACUCGUUCCAAGCGACCCCUCCGAGACGUACCUCUGGGCAAGCUGGAAGCAGAGCUGCGUGCCCCUGACAUCACGCCCGACAUGUACGAUUGCGGCUCAGCACCGGAAGACAGAGAGUGGACCCAGUGGCUUCAAGGCCUCAUGAGUUCUGACUUGGAAAAUGAAGAAGAAGGAGAUGAUGACGAUGACCCAGAGUAUAACUUCCUGGAAGACAUUGAUGAGCCCGACCUGGAGGAUUACCGUAACGAUCGGGCAGUUCGGAUCACUAAAAAGGAGGUGAAUGAGCUGAUGGAGGAACUGUUUGAGACGUUCCAGGAUGAAUUGGGGGUGCAAGACCGGGAUGAUGAAGGCCAUGAGGAAGAAGAGGAGAAAGAGGAAGAGUUUCCACCACCAGGAGCUCCCAAAUUUAAUGUCCCACAAGCCAUCCGGUUCGAGGCACCGCUGGCCAUCAUGCUGACAGAGCGACAUCGUGCAGCGAGGGAACAGCUAGAGGCUCUUCAGCAGCGGCGUGCCCUUCUGGAGAACCAAGCCAAAGCCUCUCAGAGUCCUCCAGGCCCUCAGGUGCUGUUGGUACCAUCACCCUGUCCCCUCAUCCUCAGUCUCACACAGAAACUGCAACUCCAGCAACAAAUGCAACAGCAUGUCCAGCUGCUCACACAGGUGCACAUGCUGAGCAGCCCGGUGAAGGCACUGGAGAGUGAGGCCAAUACAACAAUACACUUCCUGGAGGAGCUGAAGUUAUUUGCAGAGCAUAGUGAGCAGGCCAGGUGCUCUUUGCAGCCAGGUUUUGUCAGCAUCUUCCGAGCCUGCAACCUGCAGGGUGCGCUUUCUCUCCUGGAAGAGCUGAGGCUUUCUCCUGUCUCUGUUGUUCCAGCCAAACCUGUCCGAGCCAAUUGUGUUCGCUCUUACCCCUUACUGCCCCAACAAAUGGCUUGGUUGAUGGCCACUCGGUCAGUUUUCAUGUACCCAGAAUUGCUGCCCCACUGCAGCCUAGACCCUGCUUUGCACCCUCCACGAUCCAAGAAUGUCUACACCCAGGGGGAGGAAUGUCUCAUUGUAUUGGGCUUAAAGCACUUCAACGAGACAGAGUUGCCUUACCAGCUGAUGUGUCGUUACUUGAUCCGCACUAAAAAUCAGGAACAGGUUCGCGGGCGUGUACAUAACCUGUGUCUUCGCCGUGCUCCUGACAAUGUGAUCAAGUUCUAUAUGCACCAUAAGGUAGUUCCACGUAUGCCACUGGCCUGUUGUCGGGUGAUACCAGGAGAAGAGCGACCCCCAGUGGAGAGAGAGGAGACCCUUCUUCCCAUUUGGCUUCGGAAAAGUUUGCCAUUUAUCCAUGAAUAUGUGUUGAAGACUAACAAACAUGAAGGACCGGUUUCAUCAGAAGGGGCUUCAUCUGGCCCCUACAUCUUCCCCCCCAGUACACAAUACCCAGUCUCCCUCCCACAUGACCUCAUGUUGAGGUUACAUCCAUCGGGUUUCAAGUCAGUGAACUCACAGCCUGUGGCAAAGCCACGGAGCAUACAUGAAAUUAGUCCCUCCUCCCUUCCCUCUUUGGCUAAGGCCUCUACAAGACCCACAAAUGCUGCUGCCUACUUCACAAAAACCUCUGGAAUUACUCCCAGCCCUGGAGUGAUAUUACUGGCCAAAGCUCCAGCUACUCCUAUUCAAGGGGCUGUUCCACUGGCUCAGGCUCUACUUACUCCUGCCCAUGGAGCUGUGCCAGCAAACACUGCAUUAUCUAUAAAUAUAAGCCAAUCAACUCAAUGUUUUGGACCAAAGACUGUAUGUACUGUAUUACAGGAUGUACCUGCUCCCCCUCCCGUGGCCCUAUUCCAUGUUUCCACUACUGCAGCCAAGAGCAUGGCUUUCCUCAGUCAAGGAGCUGUAAAAAGCAUGGUACAGACAACACCAAUAUACACAGAUAAAGUGAAACAACAGUCGUCUACGCAAAAAUUACUGUCCAUCCAGCCUGCAUCCCCAAAUAUUCCCCCUCAGCCCCUCCAGCUCUUCACAGUCUCCUCAGGAGCAACUGUCAACAUGCUGAAUUUUAGUGUUGGGGGGAAAGGAGAAACAGCAGCAGUGCAGGAAGCUGUGAAAGAAGCUGAUGGGGCCUGCAGCAUGGUCCAACCCACAGUAAUCAUUAACAUCGGUACCCCAAUGGGCUCAAAUGUUGUCUCUCCUGCUUGUGCUAGUGAAGGACAGCAGGAGUGUGCUGAAUCCAGUUUUCCGCAGCAAGACCCUGUGAGUUACCCAAACAGUCCACUUGCUCAGCUCCGCAAACUUGCUAGACCAUUGCUUCCAGCUCCUCCAAGCUCGGGAUCUCCUCAGAACAGCCCUCUGAAGCCUCUCAAUAACCAUUCUUUCCUCUCACACAGCCCACCUCUUCCUGUUGUUGUAUCGUCAGAGCGUGAGACAGUCUCAACCACAAGAAUUCAUUCAGCUUCCAUAGCAAAACCUUGUGAAACUGUAAGAGCCAACGUACCUGAGAAGGUAAAAAAUGGGACUGACCCUUGCAGUGACCAGCUAAAUCCUAUAAGAACCUGUCCUCUAACAAUACAAAGUGCCCAACUUAGGCAUCACGGCCAUUAUGCCCCCUCUACUGAGGCAGUGAUACCUCAGCCGUACAACUCUGUUGUAUUAUCCAAAACAGCUCCAGAGGAAUCUGAGACCGUGAAUUCCCUGAAUAUGUCAAUCUGUAAUGACAUGGCACAGCCUGCCUUAAAUAUAAAAUCUGUGUUUGGCUCAGUUAGGCAGCGAAGCACAGAAGGGUUGCAGUAUUCACUGGAGAGAAGUGAACAAUGGAAAGAGAAGGAAGAAGAUCAUGGAAGAGAUGAAUGGGGUGAAGAGGAGGCUGGAGAAACUUCAGGGCCCUUGUUAGCACUGUCAGAAUCUUCUAGCAGCCCAAGAUCUAGUCUAGACAGCCACGCAGAUGCUCUUGAGAGAUUAAUGGAUGUAGAAGAGAACAAGGGGGUUGAAGAAGAGUGGUGUCAUUUAGCAACAUCAACACCCUGUCCAGAAGAGACAGGACAAAAGGGAGAUGAAGAUGUAAAGGCAGGACAAACAAGUGAGAGGGAGAAGGAUGUUGAAGAGGAGAAAAAUGGCUUGGAGAAUGGUGAUGUGAAGACUGAGAUUGGGAUAAGCUGUGUGAAUCUGCCUUGGCCUGAAGUGACAUGGCAAACAGGACAACGGGGUUUGACAGGAAUGCUCACACUUGCCUCUGCAAAUGGCCAGGAGAAUUCUAGGGAAGGAGGAGGAGGAGGAGGAGGAGGGAGUGGCAGCACGCAAGGUAGUAGGGAGGGAGAAGGCGAGCAGGACAAUAAUGCAGGGGAGAGGCAAGAAGGAAACACUGGUGGAGGUUCUAGUGGGGAGAGAGGAGAAGAUGGAAAGGGGGGAGGAGGAGGAGGAGGAAAGAAAAAUGGAGAUGGAGAGCGAGGUGGAAAAAGGGAAGGAGAUGGAAAACAGCAAGACGGUGGAGAGAAGGAUGGAGAUGGUGAACGAGAAAGGCAGGGUGGGGAGGAGGAGGAGGAAGAGGACUUUGAUGACCUUACCCAGGAUGAAGAUGAAGAGGAAGUGAUGUCAACAGCAUCUGAGGAGUCUGUGUUGUCCGUUCCAGAGCUGCAGGAGACAAUGGAGAAAUUAACUUGGCUGGCAUCAGAACAAAGGUUAUGUGGAGAAGGUGAUUCAGAAGAGGAUAACUCCCCAAACUCUCCCAAUUCUCCAACAUCUCCUACAUCCCCAGUUUCCCAGAAUUCCCAGGAGGAGAACUCUGAGGAGGAAGAAGAAGGGGCGCCCAAGGGGGAGGAAAUGGAAUCUGGUGAAAGUGGAGCUGGCAAACUACCUGGUGAUAGUGUACCCCAAGAGGCAGACCCACCUCAGGCCAAUGGAAAAGGGGUUGGUCGAGGCCGAGGGCGUGGGCGUCCCCCUCCACGCAGCCUGAAGCGUAGUCGUCGCCAGGAGCGGGACAGCAAGGAUACAUCCAAACUGUUGCUACUGUAUGAUGACCACAUCCUGGACAAUGAUCCUCAGAGGGAGAGUAAAGACAUCGCUUUUGCCCAGGCCUACCUCAACAGGGUGCGUGAGGCCUUAAAAGACAUACCUGGGAAGGUGGAGGAGUUCCUGGGAUUGUUGUAUGAAUUUGACCAGGGUGGUGAGAGCCGCAGUGCUGUGGAGCUCUUUAGUCAGCUGAAGCCUUUGCUCAAAGACUGGCCUGACUUACUGCGGGACUUUGCUGCAUUUCUUCUGCCUGAGCAAGCCCUGGAAUGUGGACUGUUUGCAGAGCAGCAAGCCUUUGAACGCAGUCGUCGAUUUCUUCGGCAGCUGGAGAUUAGUUUUGGAGAGAACCCAACUCACUACCAGAAGAUUGUCCGUGCCCUGCAGGGAGGGCCAGAGCUUAGUCCUGCUGGCAUAGAGGAGCUGAAAGCUCAGAUGACUUCUCUCCUUAAAGGUCACACACACCUGCAAGGAGAAUUCUGGGUAUUUUUUGAUGAGCUGCGCCCACCCGCAGCUCGACCAGGGCAGUUUGAGGAAGCAGUUUGGCCAGAGGAGGGUGGUGCUGUGACUGAUGGUGGAGACAGUGGUACUGUGGGUCCAGGAGGAGAAGCUAGUGGAGGAUUUGAAGAAGUCACACUGCCUGACUUAGAGGAAGAAGAAGAGGUUCACAAAAUUCCACCAGUGACACCCAAAAGCAGGAGAAGAAAAGAGCUGGGAACCCAUGGCAAUGAGAAGGAAUGUGACUGGCCAGAGAAGGAUUGCUCCUGUCCCUGCCAUGAUGCUUCUCAUGAGUCGAAACUCCGGAGACACAAAAGGAAGGGUUGUGCUCGCUGCCACACCAGCAAGGUCUCUGACUCCUCUCGGGUUAUGAAAAGUCGUGACCCAUUGUACCCUGGAUCCAACAGUCCUCAACCAGAAAUUAACAUAGAAAAGAGAGGGGAAGAAAGAGAAGAAGAGAGGGAAGGUGUAAAAGAGGUGGAAGGAGAAGUGAAAGAAGAGGGAGGCACUGAGGCAAAUGGUUCACAUCCUGACGGAGGGGUACGCUCAUGGGAUUGUCCACAGAUUGGCUCUGUCCCCCACUCUGAAGAAAGAAAUGAAGAGGAUGAUGAUGAGGAAGAUGAGUGGAAGGAGGAUGAAGGAGAAGGCAGUCCUGCACCAAAAAAGUGCAGAAGUGACAGAGAGGCUAUAGGAGAAUGUGAUGACCCUUCAGUCCUGCAUUCUGGGGAGAGAGAGACAUCAGCAGUAUCCCUUCAGGCCCGUCCAAGCACUGGCCCAGACCCUCCUGUCUGUGCAAAAAACAUCUCUCUUACUCCUAGUGGAGAGAAAGUCAUUCUCUGGACAAGAGAGGCAGACCGUGUGAUUUUAACUGCCUGUCAGCAGCAGGGAGCCAAUCAGAACACCUUCCAGGCCGUCUCUGCCCAGCUUGGAAACAAAACAGCCAGUGAGGUGUCUCGUCGAUUUCGGGAUCUGAUGCAAUUGUUCCACACCGCAGCACGACAAGUCAGUUCAGAAGAUGAGGCCAGCAAUACUGAGCAGCAGUCUGCCACUGAUGAAGAACUGGACUGACCUAAAACCUGUCAAAAUGCCAAGAAGUGCUGUGCACAUAGUGAUGAGAGAGAUGUUGUAUGACAAGGAGGUGCACAAAGAGUGACAAGGCAAUGAACCAAAAGCAAAAAUUGCUCUGCAGCUGCAGAGGACAUUGUGUAUUUAUUCCAAUAACUGCGAUCCUGGAAGUUUGUAUGUGGAACAUAGAAAUUAUUACGACACGUUUUCCGAACAAAACUUUAACUGCAGUACCGAGAAAAGGAAAACACCACCAGCAGAAACGUAAUGAACACAGCCAGUAGUACUUGGGUCAGGACAGGCAUGCAAUAACAUCUGCACAAUCACAACCAAGCAGAGUUCAGAAGACCUUGAACUAUUUGAAGACACACUUGUCUUAAACAUCAAAUAGUCUUGAGUACACCAGCCAACAUUUUUAAAUAUCUGUACUUUAUAUUGUCAGCUGUACAUAAUGUAAAUAGUGUUAAUUGGAUUUAUAUUCCUGGCUGUACAGUAUGUUUUAUUUUACUUUGCACUGGCAUGUUUUCUUGUGAAUGUAAUGAACUGUCAGAAUAUAU